GUGUUUCAUUUGAAUAGACCCCACUGCAUCUCAAUACAAAUGCUUCAUACGUCAGUCAGCUAACGUUUUGUAGAACACUUCUCUCUAGUCUGGGACCAGCAAACCUCUUCCAGCAGAAGUGGCUUUGAAUGUGAAGAUGAGAAGCCCGCGUGUGUUAAAUCUGCUCCAGUGGUUCGAUGAGCCAAUAGAACACGUCCUGGUUUUUGAGUAUGUGCAUCCCUGCGAGACUUUGGAGCACUUCAUCGAGUCCAACGGAGGUCGUCUGGACGAACGACAGGCACGGGACUUGAUCUUCCAAGCAGUUCUCGCAGCGAAAGACUGCCUCGACCAGGAUGUGUUCCAUCGCACCAUCGUGCUGAAAAACAUCUUGAUCAACACGACGACGCUGAAGAUAAAAUUAAGCGACUUCAGCUGUGGGGUUCUCGCCGUCACUGACCUCGACAGAUAUAUUGCAGAGAUAUCUAUGGUCUGGUUUGUCGGCGAUGUGCUGUACAGAAUGCUAUAUGGGCGUCCGCCCUAUUUGACUGCACAGGGCAUUGUUACCAGAACACUAAACUUUGACUCCAGUUUAUCCGGAGAAUGCUGUGAUUUCCUGUCCAGUUGUCUGAAUAAAAAUUCAGCCAGGAGAGCCAGUGUACCGGAGCUCGUAACACACACGUGGUUUCAUGGAGUCCAGGUGUAGGUAA